AUGAAUCUUUUUCAUACUGGAGGAAGAGGUCGAGGCAGACGACAAAUUCGUGGCGCAGCAACGCGUCCACAAGCAGAAACUGUACGUCGAUCAAGUCGCCGUAAGACUCCAAGGCAACGAGCAAAUCUUGCACAGGUUACUCAUGAUCAACCUGUGAAUCAAGCGCUUAAUCAGCCACCACUGCCUCAAGGCCUACCAAAUGACGUCAAUGUAGAGCCUCAACAGAUUAAUCGAGAGCAUAAUCAGCCGACAUUGCCUCAAGGCCCACCAAAUAAUGUCAAUGUGCAGCCUCAACAGAUUUAUCAAGAGCCUAAUCAGCUACCACUGCCUCAAGGCCCACCAAAUAAUGUCAAUGUUCAGCCUCAACAGAUUCAUCAAGAGCCUAAUCAGCUACCACUGCCUCAAGGCCCACCAAAUAACAACAAUGUGCAGCCUCAACAGAUUAAUCGAGAGCAUAAUCAGCUACCACUGCCUCAGGGCCCACCAAAUAAUGUCAAUGUGCAGCCUCAACAGAUUUAUCAAGAGCCUAAUCAGCUACCACUGCCUCAAGGCCCACCAAAUAACAACAAUGUGCAGCCUCAACAGAUUCAUCGAGAGCCUAAUCAGCCACCACUGCCUCAAGGCCCACCAAAUAAUGUCAAUGUGCAGCCUCAACAGCAACAACAAAAAAAACGAUUAUCUAAUCGUUCUAUAAAAACCAUCCGACGUUUCAAUCAACAACUAUUUGAAUCUUUGAAAAAUGAAACAGUAAAAGAAAUACAUGAGAUAUCGGAAAAACAGUGUAAAAAGCAAAAAAUUGAAGUGGAAAAGAAGGAAAAUCUCAGAAUAACGUCAACCUGUACGAACUCGCAAACUUCUGGAUGUCAACACGAUCAUGAUGUGCCGUCGCCACCACCGCCAAUAUAUCAUACACAUCCAUAUGUCACUUCCUAUGUUCAACACUCUCCAUACCUAGUGUUUUCUAUUCCGCAACUUUCCCCAUACCCCAUGCCACAAGUUCCUCAAUACUCACUGCCACCAGUUCCUCAGUACACAAUGUCUCAUGCUCCACAGUACCCCAUGUCUCAUCCUCGUCAGUACCCAAUGUCUCAUGCUCCUCAGUACCCUAUGUCUCAUGCUCCUCAGUAUCCAAUGUCCUAUACUUCUCAGGCUCCUAUGCCGUCUCAUGCUCCUCAGUAUCCGAUGUCCCAUGCUCCUCAGGCUCCUAUGCCGUCUCAUGCUCCUCAGAAUCCAAUGUCCCAUGCUCCUCAGGCUCCAAUGCCAUAUCAAUACUCGUACCCGUAUUCUCCUCCAUAUUAUCCUCCGCACUCUUUUUAA